GGAACUACAACUCCCAGAGUGCUGAGCGGAUGCACGCUCCGCUUUUAGGUGUAAGCCGCAAACAUCUUGGACCCCGGGAGAAUCCGCGUUGAAGCACAGGGAGUGCUUGGUGUCCCCCACCCCCAUGCCCACCCAGGAUGCCCCUGUCCCGCUGGCUGAGAUCUCUGGGGGUCUUCCUGCUGCCAGCCCCCUGCUGGGCACCCCAGGAGAGGUGGCUUGGUUACCUACAACGACCCUCCCUGGCAUAUGGGUGUCCAGUCCUUGGGGCUUGGCACAGUGCCCGCUGGUGGUGCCAAGUGUGGACAGAGGAGCCUCGAGCAUUUAGCUCCUCUGUCAGAAUGAAUGGGGACCAGAAACUGGAUGUUUAUAAACAAGAAAAGCAGAAUUUCAUCCAGCACUUCUCCCAGAUUGUCAAGGUGCUGACUGAGGAUGAACUGGGACACCCAGAGAAGGGAGAUGCUAUUACCCGGCUCAAGGAGGUCCUGGAGUACAACACUGUAGGAGGCAAGUACAAUCGGGGUCUGACGGUGGUACAGACCUUCCAGGAACUGGUGGAACCGAGGAAACAGGAUGCUGAGAGCCUACAGCGGGCCCUGAUGGUGGGCUGGUGUGUAGAACUGCUCCAGGCUUUCUUCCUCGUGUUAGAUGACAUCAUGGACUCUUCCCACACUCGCCGGGGGCAGAUCUGCUGGUAUCAGAAGCCAGGCAUAGGCUUGAAUGCCAUCAACGAUGCUCUGCUUCUGGAAGCCUGCAUCUACCGCCUGCUCAAGUUCUACUGCAGGGAGCAGCCCUACUACCUCAACCUGCUGGAGCUCUUUCUACAGACUUCCUAUCAGACUGAGAUCGGGCAGACUCUCGACCUCAUCACAGCACCCCAGGGCCAAGUGGAUCUUGGUAGAUACACUGAAAAGAGGUACAAAUCUAUUGUCAAGUACAAGGCAGCUUUCUACUCUUUCUACCUGCCUAUCGCGGCUGCCAUGUACAUGGUGAGUCAGUGGCACCUCCACUCUUUUCCCUUGGGGGCAUUGGGAUGGGAGGACAUGGAGUAGACAUUCAAGGUAUGAUGGUAUAACUUGGAGCAAGCCACCCUCUGACACUGGAAAGUGAGCAGAGCUGAGUCCUAUCUGAGUGGGAGGGGCAGAGGAAAAUUUAGGCUGAGCAAGAGACUAGGUGUGGUGGUGGCUCUUGGGUCCAUCCUGGCCGGCCUCUUCAGGUUUUCUCUUCAUUUUGUAAGAGGUUGGAGUUGGAAAUGGAGCUGUAAUGGCUUCCCAGGGGAAGAUGGCCUGAUGCCUUCAGAAUGGAUCCAUUCCUUAGGCCUCCCGGGGAGGGGCUGAGGUUGGACUACAGUUACGCAGAGCCCAUGGAAAGUGUCAGGAAGGGCAGGGUGCUGUGGCCAUGCUGCCUUACCUGUCUCCCUGUAGGCUGGAAUCGAUGGGGAGAAGGAACAUGCUAACGCCCUGAAGAUCCUGCUGGAGAUGGGCGAGUUCUUCCAGAUCCAGGACGACUACCUUGAUCUCUUUGGAGACCCCAGUGUGACUGGAAAGGUCGGCACUGACAUCCAGGACAACAAAUGCAGCUGGCUGGUGGUUCAGUGUCUGCUACGAGCCAAUCCUCAGCAGCGCCAGAUCUUAGAGGAGAAUUAUGGGCAGAAGGACCCAGAAAAAGUGGCGCGGGUGAAAGCACUGUACGAGGAGCUGGAUCUGCAGAAUGUGUUCUUCAAGUACGAGGAAGACAGUUACAACCGCCUCAAGAGUCUCAUAGAGCAGUGCUCUGCGCCCCUGCCCCCAUCCAUCUUCCUGGAACUAGCAAACAAGAUCUACAAGCGGAGAAAGUGACCUCGAAUUGUGGAGGAUGGGAGGGAGGGGUCUCAAUAAAUUGUUGUUCAACA